AUGCUGAAAAGCAAAACUUGCAAAUGUUCUGCAAAAAAUGCAGCUCCAACAAGGAUCCUUAACUUUUAUAAUCAGCUAAACGUCCGCAUCUGCAGUGACAGCAGAGAAGUAUUAACCAACUUAUUCUGUGAGGUGGAUCUGGCCUUAAUGCCAGCCAAGACUGAAGGAUUUGGAGUCAGUGCUCUUGAAGCCUUAUCGGCUGGUUUACCUGUACUUGUCAAUAGUAAUUCAGGACUUGCAGAAGCUCUGAAGGAGGUGCCUUUAGGAUCACAGUGUGUGGUCGACUCUGAAGAUCCUAAAGAAUGGGCGGAAAAGAUCAAGGAGUUUUUGGGGAAUCGGAAAACUUGGUCACCAAGAAGUUUCAUGUGGAAGGACAGCCCCUUACUUGGCCUCGGAACGUACGGUGAUGGCAGCAGCCUUGAUGAUGACAAAGACAGCGAUGACAGUGGAAGGACCAUGGUGUUGGAUCUACCAUUCCUUGGGGCAAACUAUGGUUCCAAGAAGGACCUGGUGGAGACGCCGCUUCAUCUUGCCGCCCGGCACCCAAGAGCGGAUGUGGCUAAACGUCUGUUGGACGACGGAGCGGAUGCGAAUGCACGUGACCGUUUCAAUCGCACGCCCCUCCAUUUGGCCAUCGAAUAUGAUGCACAAGGUGUCUUCCAGCUGUUGAUACGGAAUCGUGCUACAGACCUCGAAGCCCGAAUGGACGACGGUACCACCCCGCUUAUCCUUGCAGCAAGACACGACCUUCUAAACCUGGUGCGGUACCUCAUCAAAGCCGGAGUCAAGGUUAACAUUGCUGACAAUCAAGGGAAAACAGCCUUGCAUUGGGCUGCGUCAGUGAACGGCCUGGAUGUCACCAAAGAGCUGUUAAAAAAUGGCGCUAAGAAAGACGUGCAAGAUGAAAAGGGUCAAACUCCGUUGUUCCUGGGUUGUCGUGAAGGCAGCGCAGAGACCGUGAGACGAUUUUAUGAACAUGACACCUGAGGAUAUCGCUGAACAAAGACAUCAUCGCGACAUUGUCAAAUUGCUAACGGAUUUGUCACUCGGCUGUAACUCUCCCAAUGCAGUUCCAGCCCCUACUUUACUCCCGAGGGGCAAAAAUCGCCCAUGGUUAGCAUAGCAUCUCUUCUGGCAACAUCGCCACCAGCUGCCGAAAUUCCCAAUGGUAGCGCGGCAGCCAUGGAACAAAAAUUCCACGCGGCGCGUCAAAAGGCCACAGUAAGUAGAACGUCUGGAUCGAGACCCAGACCGAGAGCAACCGGAAAUAAAAAUGACAAUAAUGCAAAGAGGAAGCGCAAAAAGGCGCGGCUUGACGGGGAAGUGCACCCAUCCAUGAGUGUCGUCCCGACGCCCUCACCUUAUGGGUUCACGCGUGUUCUAAUGCCCUGCGCCGCUGGACAGCAACAGCAACAGUAACAGUCGUUUUCGCCAAAUUGUGUGCCAUUCACGAACGCGCUCUCGCCGUUAUGGAGCAUUUCUCACGGCAUAGCGCCUGCGGAUUCAACUAUGCUAUCACCACUUCAAGCUCCAAGUGGUUGGAUGCACAACCGCCUUCACCCACAGCAGGCACCUCCACCGCACUUUCAACAGGCUGCAGUUCAGGCCAUCGUUAACUCCAACAUGUAUUCCCACGCCGGCGGCAUUGGCGGAUUAGGAAAUGUCCUGCCGUUCAGGAAAGACUACCAAAAUGACGGUUAUUUGAUGCACCUACAACAAUUGCAUCAUUUGCCACAUCAGCAUGUCUCUCCGGCCGACGAAAUGCUUCCUG